AUGACCACCGGGCCGCUGACGGGCACCAUGGCCUCCACCGGCGGGCGCUAUUCCGUCGUCACCAAGAGCCCGCUGACGGGCGCCGUGGCGUGCUCCAAUUCCGGCGGCUUCAUCGGCGCCGAGAUGAAAAUGGCCGGUUGGGACAUGAUCAUCUUCGAGGGCAAAUCCCCGCAGCCGACGGACGAACGCCUGCACGCCAAGCACCAGGACCCGCUCAUCCGCGUCGCCUGCGUCGGGCGCGCCGCCGAACAGGGUUGCCUGUACGCCUCGGUGGUGAACGACCUGCACCGCGCCGCCGGACGCUCCGGGGUCGGCACGGUCAUGGCGUCCAAGAACCUCAAGGCGCUCGUCUGCCGCGGCACCAAGGGCGUCGGCAACAUCAAGGACCCCAUGCGGUUCUUCCAGGCCACCGAGCAGGGUAAGAAAGUGCUGGCGGAAAACGCCGUCACCGGCCAGGGCCUGCCGAAGUUCGGCACCCAGGUGCUGAUGAACGUCAUCAACGAAGUCGGCGCCAUGCCCACCCGCAACAUGCGCGAGGUGCAGUUCGAGGGCGCCCACAAGAUUUCCGCCGAGGCCAUGCACGAACCGCGCAGCGACGGCACCCCGAACCUGCACACCAACGCCGCCUGCUUCGCCUGCACCAUUGCUUGUGGGCGUAUCUCGACGAUCGAGAAGGGCCACUUCACGAUCGAGAACAAGCCCAAAUACUGGGGCGCCUCCGGCGGCCUGGAGUACGAGGCGGCCUGGGCCCUGGGCAGCGACACCGGGGUGGAUGACCUCGAAACCCUUACCUACGUGAACUUCCUGUGCAACGAGGACGGCAUUGAUCCCAUUUCCUUCGGGUCCACCGUUGCGGCUGCCAUGGAGCUGUACGAGCGCGGCGUCAUCAGCCAGGAAGACACCGGCGGCAUCGACCUGCGUUUCGGCUCCGCCGAGGCCCUCGCCAAGGCGACCGAGUUGACCGCCCGCGGCGAAGGCUUCGGCAAGAUUCUUGGGCUUGGCUCGCUGCGCCUGUGCGAGAAGUACGGCCAUCCCGAGCUGUCGAUGACGGUCAAGGGGCAGGAAUUCCCGGCCUACGACCCGCGCGGCAUCCAGGGCAUGGGCCUGGCCUACGCCACCUCCAACCGCGGCGCCUGCCACUUGCGCGGCUACACCGUGGCGUCAGAAAUCCUCGGCAUUCCCGAGAAGACCGACCCGCUGGUCACGGAAGGCAAGGCGGAACUGGUCAAGGCCUUCCAGGACGCCACCGCGGCGGUGGAUUCCUCCGGCCUGUGCGUCUUCACCACCUUCGCCUGGGGCAUGGAGGACAUCGCGCCGCAGGUGGACGCUGCCUGUGAGGGCGACUGGUCGGCGGAGAAGAUGCUGGAGGUUGGCGAGCGCGUCUGGAACCUGGAGCGCGACUUCAACCUCAAAGCCGGCUUCACCCGCGCCGACGACACCCUGCCGCACCGCUUGCUGGAGGAGGGCGCCAACACCGGUCCGGCAGAGGGCAGAGUGAACGAUCUCCAGCAGAUGCUGCCGCGCUACUACGAAAUUCGCGGCUGGACGGAGAACGGUGAACUGAGCGACGACACACGCCGCCGCUUGAGGGUCUGA